AUUACUCUCCGUUGCAACUUUCCCAAGGACUCUCUUAUUAUGUUUUCUUCAUAUUCUCAUGCUGUCGCAUGCGCCGAGGCCAAUGUCACGCUUAUUUCACCUUUUGUUGGCCGUGUACUUGAUUGGCAUUUGGCAAAACACGGUAAACGUACGUUCGAGCGUCUGGAAGAUCCGGGAGUUCAGUUGGUGACCAAAAUAUUCAAUUAUUAUAAAGCAUACGGUUACAAGACCGAGAUCAUGGGUGCCUCUUUUCGAAAUCGGGAAGAGAUUCUGGGCCUAACCGGUUGUGAUCUACUCACCAUUGCCCCAUCCUUAUUGGAAGAAUUAGCCCAACUCACCGAGCGACCGGAACCGUAUUUGGAUGAGAAAAAAGGUGAUGAUGCACGUCCUCCGCCGAUGGAUGAAGCCACUUUCCGUUGGCUGCUGAACGAAGACGAGAUGGCCACAGAUAAACUGACUGAAGGUGUGCGCCGCUUCGCGAAAGAUGCGAACACCCUACGGGAUAUGCUUCGGGAUCGUUUGAAAGCGGAAUAG